UUCUAAGCACGCGCUUGGACAACAAAUGACAAACUUAUUUUUAUUACAGGCAUGGCCCUCCAUAAACACCCGCCUCCUAUAUAAAACCCCCACCACCAACAUCUCUAUUCGAUCCAUCAUAGCACUCUCACAUUCUUACAAUAUUUUGAAGCUCUCAUCUCCUUUAGAUUCUUAAUUCUGCUGUUUCAAGCUGUUUUUGUUCUGCGAUUACGAGGAAUUUAAUUAAAAUGCAAUAUCAUCAGGCUGAGUCAUGGGGUUACUAUGUGCCAAUGAGGACCAGCAUGGUAUCAGACCCACUGGAGAAAGUUGCGAGGCUGGCAUCAGGAAGUGCUGUUGUGGUAUUUAGUAUCAGCAGCUGUUGCAUGUGUCAUGCCGUGAAGAGACUCUUUUGUGGGAUGGGUGUGAACCCAACUGUCUAUGAGCUGGACCACGAUCCAAGAGGGAAAGAGAUUGAGAAGGCAUUAAUGAGGCUGCUUGGGAGUUCAACAUCUGUGCCUGUUGUAUUCAUUGGAGGGAAGCUAAUUGGUGCCAUGGACCGAGUCAUGGCUUCCCAUAUCAGUGGAACUCUCGUGCCCCUCCUCAAGGAAGCUGGAGCACUUUGGCUUUGAUUCUAGUUUUCCACAGGUUAACAUCACAGGAUGGGUCCAAAACAUGGAAUUUAUCAUUAACAAGGAAAAAAUGAAGAGAUUUAGCUGAACUUUAAUUGCUUAACUCCUUUUCUUUUUCUUUUUUCUAAUUUUUCCAUGACGAUACAUUUGCUAAUUGUCAUAUUGUCUUAAUUUGAGCUCUCUUGUCUAAGAUUGUGACCAUCAAAGCUUUUAUUGUGAAGCUCUUCUAACUCCUUUAAUGGAAUGGAUGUUUAACGAAGAAAUUAAUGUAAUCGAUCCCUCUUCUAUGUGUAAAUAAUGGCUUUCUCUCUUCCCCCA